AUGGUUGACUGCCGGCGCUGCAUAUGUGGGCACGAGCGAGCGCUCGAUGAGGAAUCUCUGAUCCAAGCCAUCGCUGAACUGAAACUCAACGGCUCUCCCGAGCACAAGCUGCAUCAUGACAUCAGCGACGGGGAAGCUCUGCAUCGCCUCGUGCCGCCUGACCGCUGGUGUGUCACACGUGAAGAUUUUUCGCAUCUCCACCAACUGAUUCUUGAUGCUUUAGAGGAUGGGUGGGUGGCGCCGUCUGCAGCAGAUCCAUUCGACAAGACUGAUGGGACCAUUGGUCCCAGCAUCUAUACCUUGACCGACCAGCUCAUAAAGCCCAUAACGCUGGCCGCUGGUGGCAUGAGCUGGUCUUUGAUGAGGCAUCCUGGUGGGCUCGCAUGCGACGUCUUCGUCACGCACGCCUGGCAGGAAGGCAUCUUCGAGUUCACCCGGCAGCUAUUGAACUCCUGGCCCUUUGAUGCGAGGAAUGCCUGGUGCUGUAUGCUCGCGAAUCCCCAGAACCUCAACAUCGAGAGGCUGAUCAGCGAACCGAAGUCCUCUCCUUUUGCACUUGCACUCGUCUCUGCGAAGUAUGUGCUUGUGGUGCCGAACGAGAAUGAAAGCGUGUAUGCGAGGUUAUGGUGUGUUUACGAAGCUUUUCUUGCGUUUGAGCACGAAAAAAUCAUUCUGACAGCUACCAUGCCCUACCACCGGCGAAAGCUGGAAGCGGCCAGCACAGCAGUGUUUUCUUUUGGCGUGGGCUUUUGCGUGGGUCGUCGGAUCUUCAGCUGCGAGUACCACUCCACGCCAGCACGUUGGCUGACGACGAUUUUCUGCUGCUUGUUCUUCAUAUCCAACUGUGUUUCUGAUCCGCUUUGCCGCCGUAUUGCUCACCUUGCCAAUGCUGGCUUGGCGGGAUUUUUUAUGGCUGUUUCGCUUGUGCCGCUGCAAUUGUUGCACUUUCCGCACCAGCAGGUGUCAGCAUUUGUGACGACGUCGAAUCUUUUCUGGUGUUCGAUGGGGGUAUGUAUAACAGUGGCGGAGGUAGACCGAGUAAAUCGGCAAGCCACAGAGGCAAGCGAAAUGAGUUUGGAGGCUGGCUACUCGGGGAGCAGCUGCUUUGCACGCUGUUCUUGGGAAGACGAUGCUCUCAGAAUCUGGCGGGAGAUCGGGGCACGAUCUAGUGUAGUUGACGCCACUAUUGGUGUGCUGCUUAGAGCGGGCAUGUCGACAGCUUCCUUGCGACGAGCAUCAGCAGCAGGCAUCGACGUCAAGCAUGCGGUGGAUGCAGAUCACGCGACUCUAAUGUAUUUUGUAACCUUCCAUGUGGCCCGACUUGUCACUUGCACUUUGGUCCUUGAUUCCCCUGCUGGCUGGGCAGUGACACUUUUCUGGCUGGGAGCCAUCCUUGGCACUGUGCUGACGUACGUGCGAUCGCAGAAAGAUGGCCGCGCCUUCAUCUGCAAAGUUGCCAAGAAGGUGUUGAUGCUGGACCUUGCCCAGAUCAUUGUAUGCAAGAUCGCCGAUCUGAGCUUCAUGUCCAACACAGCGAUUGUGCUUCCCCUCGGCACUUCCACGGCUUUCCUGACGUCGAUGCUCUCUCUGAUGGGCUUGGACGGGGCUGCGACAUUGCCAGGUUGUGGCUCCAUCCUUGCCAAGGACCAAGAAGUCGAGAAAGAGUUCCUUUGCAAGACCCUGCGGGUCGCUGCCGAGGCCCGAGGAGUUACCACAGAGGAAGCGGCGAGAGCAGAGGCCAGUGAACGAAUCCAGGAUCUUCAAAAUCGUGCUGCCAGCCGAGACGCGCAGCUCAAGGCAGCCUUGACGGAGACCGCUGCUCUGGAAGCCGCGCUUCGAAGUCAACGCGCCAAGGCUCGAGACCUGUGUCUGCGAGUCGAGCGCCAGGAGCAGCGGUUGAGGCAGCUGCAGCGAGAGCAACAUCAUAAAGACCUUUUGAAGGAUGCCGAGGCGAGCUUCAGCUGGUCAGAUGCCUCCGCCGAACUAAUUGCGGCCAUCGGCGAACUGGGCUUUGCAGAAGUCGCGCAGCGAGGCCCCCGGAGCUCCGGUAGCGAUGAGCACACUUCCACAGGGCUGCUCCUGCAAGCUUCCCUCCUGGACGCGGCGGCGCAGUUCCUGCGGGGCGAGCUCGAGAGCUUUGCAGAAGCUCUUCCACAGGACACGUGUCACAAAGAAGUCAAGACAGCCUCUGCGCUGGGCCUGCUGAGGGAGCUCCGACGCAGGUGUGUCUGCCCGCCAAGAAAGCUAAGGGAUGAGAUCCGAUCGGGAUCCAAGGGACGAAAGUCACCAGGCACAGGCUCCAGAAUGUGCCAUCGCAGCCCAGCCAAGGUGGCUGCCUGCGACGAGCUCCGGAGGCGUUCAGUGCUGAUGGAGUUGGGUCGAAGUGCUGAGAUGUGGGCCCAGGCUGUGUUGCGGAGACCCGGGCAGACUCUCCGUCUCAACCCACGCAAGGCUAGUCGAGACAUCCUGACGGUGAUCAGGAACAUGGGAUGGGGCGUCCAUCCGCUGCCCUGGUACUCCGACGGAUUUCUUCUCUCUGGCUCCGGUCAGGACAUUGGCAGCACGGUUGAGCACUUGACGGGGGAGGUCUACAGCCAAGAGCCGACAUCCAUGCUGCCCGCCAUUGCUUUGGCACGUGCUGUGCAGGACGCCAAACCGGCUCCCGAGCUAGUCCUCGACCUUUGCUCGGCGCCUGGCAGCAAGGCGAGUCUGCUCGCGACGCUUUUGGAGUCUUCGCAAGUUGUAGCAAACGAGCCAGACGACUCUCGGCGGCGCGUGCUCUUUGCGAACAUGUUGCGCGCUGGUGUUGCCAAUUGCCUGGUUGUUGGCAGUGAUGGUCGUGAUGUGGGUGACCUCGCGACAAACUGCUUCGACGCUGUGCUGGUGGAUGCACCCUGCUCGGCGGAGGGCAACUUGAGGAGAAAGCUGGAUGCUGUAGUCUGCCAAGCCAUGCAACUUCAAAAUCUCUUGACGACGCGUUUUGCGGAGCUCGAUGAAGAAUUGAAAAAUACGUUCGACGAGCUUCAGAGGCGUGUUCGCAACGUGGAAGACACGAUUCAGGGAGAAGUUGCUGAGUACCUUCGCGAUCGUGAUAGCUUGUUGCCCGAUGAGACCGAUGUGGAUCCAGAGCCUGCUGACGUGCUCGAGAACUGGAUCUUGAGGGAAGACGCUCUCAGUGCCCCUCAAGAGGAAUCCAAAGAUGAGCUCCCGAUCGGUGCCCUGGUCCUGCGGCAGUCGGCAUUGGCACUGCAGAGUGCUUCCGGGCUGUCGCACCUCCGAUUGAACUCCCACAUGAUGGAGCUGUCCAACAAGACGAACGGGGUCGUCGAAGCCUUGGGCAAAGAUAGGAUCAAAAGCAAUUUGACACAGAGAAACCAGAAGACGACCCGGCGGUUCAGUGGGAUGAUGUAUGCCACCGAGCUGACGAACAGGUGUAAGUUGCCCGUGGUCAAGCCAGGCGACAAAAUCCGAGUUGCCUGGGACAUUGCGAGCAUUUGGUUGAUCGUGAUGGACUCUUUCUUGCUGCCGGCAGCCAUUGCAUGGGAGCUGGAAGAGCAGACAAAUAUGUCUUUUGGCAAGGCGAUCGUGCAGGUUUUUAGUGCAAUCGCGAUGGUGUUCUGGCCAUUGGACAUCAUUCUAAAUUUCAACACCGCCUUUUAUUCGGGCUCUGUGCUUGAGACUCGUCGUUCCGCCAUAGCCAGACGCUACAUGCGCUCCUGGCUUCCCUUCGACUUUACCGUGGUCAUGCUGGACUUUGCAUUGGCUCUCUCGACCGCCUCGGAGGAAAUGGGUGGCGUCCUGCAGCCGUUCCGAUCGGCCCGUUUCCUGCGGGUCUUCCGAUCACUCCGCAUCCUGCGCCUUCUCAAAGCCGGCAAAAUCAACGUGGUACUGGAAAACACGUUGAUCUCGAUGGGACGACAGUGGCUCAUCCUGGCCUUCACGGUGGGAAAGAUGCUGCUGACCAUCGUGAUGGUGCUCCACUUCCUUGCCUGCGCAUGGUGGGGUUUGGGCAAAGCUGUGUCAAGCCCGGGCCCACCUACGAUGAACAGUUGGAUAGAUAUUGCCGACGUUUGGCAUCUGAGUGGUCAAGCUCAAUACAUCCACGCGAUGCAGUGGAUCUUGCUCCCUCCUGCUCCAGCACCUCUUGCGACUGAAAGCGCUUAUGAGCGACUGGCUACGAUAAUGACAGUCGUGGUGACGGUUCUCGUGAUUGGCACAUCCCUUUCCGUGCUGACGGGAACUCUGCAGGAGAUCCGUCAGGUCAACAACGAGCGCAGCAGAAAGCGCCGAGAACUACGCAUCUUUCUCCAAACAAAGCACGCACCUACAGAGUUGGUUUUAAAAGUCAUGAGCUAUGCCGAUUACAAGAUGGCCCGGCACUCCCCGAUUGCAUUUGAUGAGACUCUGAUUUCGCAAAAGCUGGAAGCAGAACUAGCCAAUUUUCAGCAUGGAGAUUACCUUCGAGAGCACCCGAUCUUCUGGCUGCUGGAUACACUGUUCCCGCUAGUGUUCAACGACCUCUGCAGCACCCUGGAGAAGCAACUGUUCUGCGAGGGGGAGGCGGUCUUUCGACAUGGGACGCUGGCCGAAAUGAUGUAUAUAAGCAGCCACGGGGAUUUCCGAAUCUGCACAGAUGCACAAGCUACGAAGAAGUUCUCCGGCCCCCACUACUACUUCGCAGAGGUGGCCCUGUACGUCGAAGCAUCGAUGCACGACUGCACCUUGUUGGCCGAGUCCUUCACUGAGGUCUUCGUCCUGACAAGUACGAAGUUGGCGACGGUGUUGGCCAACUCCCCGGUAUGCGCGGCAAUGUACAUUGAGUAUGCGAAUGAGUAUAUCUCGCACUUCGUGGUGAUGUCACCAGAUGCUGAAGUGGAAGAAAUCAUGGAAGCGCAUCUGCAGAAUGCCGAGAACUCAUGCGAGAAUAAUUCUUUCUACUUGGACAUGUACGUCGACGAGCGAAAGCAGCUGAGCAGCAUGCAACUUGCUCCUCAUCGAUCUGAGCCGCAGAUCAGGUUGAGUUUCCGAAAAUCGGAAUCCGCGAGCUCUUUGGGAUCUGCAGAUGUGGCGGUUAUGACGCGGACGAAGUCUUUCCACCAUCGCGCCCGGACAACGAAAUCGCAGCGCCGACAUGAGGAUGAACAUGUCAGGCACAUAAGUCCCAAAGAAUUUGUUGCCAAAGUCUUUGAGACCGACCUACCGACAAUUACUUUGGUCAACGAACUCCGUGAUGCCUUUGUGGAGCUGGAUCCGGAUGAUGGUCUCCAUGCCAGGUUUUCGGAUUCGAAGGAACAGGAGCGAGCAGAGUCUGCGAUUUUGAGUCUGAUUGCCUUAGUUCGCGGCAACUACGAGGCAUACACGGCGCCACAGAAGCCGGCAGCGCGCCUAACACCGGGACAAUGGCAGCACCUUCAAAGUGUGGUGGCAUGGGCCGCACCAGAUCGGGAGAAGCUCUUGGCCGCUAUCCUUCUGCUGGCUGUGAGGGGCAUCGGCAAGUGCAGGUCAGUCACACAUCAGCUGCCUCCGCAGCACCAGCGACCAGACCAGGCAGUGUUGUUCAUCCUAGACCAUUUCCCCGAUGCUGUCCCAUCCAUAUACAGCGUCGCGCAGGAUGUCAGACAUCUCUUGGACGACACACUGGAGCUGCAGCAGAAUUUCAUAUUCGCGCAGAUGCUGCAAGGUGAGAAUGUUCCAGCCAACUUGGUGCAGCUCAAGGAUUUCAUAAAUCAGAGAAGCGGCGAAGAAACUCUGAAGUUCUAUGUGAUUUUCCUCUUGGGCUUUUUGUCCGGCCUAGCUGGGGGCCAGGGCUCACGCUUCAUGACCCACAACAAUGCCAAGACCACUAUCCUUGGCUUGUCGAUUAUGAAGCAGGUCUUGUCGAAGGAUCCGACAGCAAUCUACUGGACUUAUAUCAACAAUCGUGGAGUGGAGCUGGGGAGACACGCCAAGAGCACAGAAGACCUCGCGGUGUUGCGACUUGCAUGCUUGUGCCGUGCUCAAACGGAUAAGGACCUCAGUGAGCUUCAGAGCUCGUGGGAUCAGCUCAGCAAGACUGACAGGAAGGAGAUGGUCAAGCACUUUUUGGCAGACGGUAUUGUCUUCCGUGCAGUCGUCCUAGAGUUUCUGCCCUUGUGCUUGGAGCGUGCCAAGAAGAAUGCAUUUGUUACAGUCCCAACAUUGCUCGAGGUGUUGGUGGAGCUGUUGCGCGCUGUGCGUGCCACCGUUACUGGAGCAGGGCAGAUCGUAUCUGUCGAUCUUGCCGAUUUUGCGGCUUUCAUCCUGAUGGUGCAAAACGGCUUUGUUUUCCAGACUUGCCUGUCCCGUUCCAAACUUCAAGUUAAAGAGAGCCGCUGUACUUUGGAAAUGACGCAGGAAAACUGGCGAAGAGUCAGCGAGCCUCAUACAGAUGUCGUUCUGCUCGCCAACUCGGUCAGAGACCUCGUGCAGACACGAAAGCGAGAGAAGGCCGAGAAGGAGGAUUCCGUGGAACCCUUGGCCCUGGCGCCAGCCGUAAUGAGCUGCCGCUUUUAG